CAAACCCCAUUCUUAUAGAGAUCCAAUGCUCCUUUUUCGAACUUGGGGAGUUAUUAUCCAUAACAAAUCAAGCUUGAGGUUAACCAUGACCCAUUUUCCGCGCAGACCAUACCCACGUCCACGCCCCGACCCGACCAUCUUCGCUCUUCGACCUCGAGUCUAUAUUGUCAUUCUCGUCCUUGUCUAUGCUGCCCUUUCACUCACAGCAUGGACCUUACUAUGUAUUCUCAACACGAGGCCUAUAGGAAGUACGAGCUAUCAGUCUUAUAAGUACACAUACGACAAUUUCGAAGAUUUCAGUCAGCAAGUUAAUAAAUGGUACCAGACGGCCAAGUUCCUCUCUGGUACUGUUGGUGUAUUGGCUCUUCCUCUGACUUCUUCAGUCUGCGCUUCUGCCGCAGUAAACUUUGCCCAAACAAGGAGCCGGGGUACAAAGUCUUGCCUUACACUAAAGCAAACAGUGACUCUCGCUAAUAAGGGCUGGACAAGCCCUUUUGUUUUACUGACUCUGCCUUUCCAACAUAAGCGCUUAGGGAGCUCCUUCUUGUAUGGUGCAAUUGCCCUUCACGUUUUAGGUGGAAUACUAAACCCUCUCCAGCAAGUGCUUCUAGGUCAAGAAGACUUGAAUGUACCAAGAGGUACUUCUAAAACCAAGGGCGAAGUCAGCGAUAUUCCCGGGUUAGUGCAGAGAUACAAAUCGACAACAACGGACAGUGGAAAGACAACUGCCCUACUCAGAGCCUUCUUGAGCAACCCACAGGAAGUGAAAACCCGCCAGAAUUUCUGGGGGGACCCGUACAACAAAUCUAGUGAUCUCUUCGUCGCUGCGGCCCCAUCGAAUACAAAUACCGAGGGACUUCAGCAAUUCGUUCCGCGAGCUAACUCAUCUGUCCUGAAACAGGAGCUGCAGGACGCAGAGUUUCCGUCUGACUGCUCCGGGGAUAGCUUCUUCAGGAACAUUACCUUGAGAAGAGAUUGGGAAAUAUCCAUAUGCAUGCCUGGUAACCUGAGCUCUUCGCCCUUCACGCAAACACGCGAUCGACAAGACUUUGAUGAAGUACUAUACAUUGCAAUUAGGUCCUACAAUAUCUGGACUACCUUUAUGUUGACCUGUUCAACAACAAUCGGUUACUUUCGGCUCCCUAACAUUGGGAAUGCGAACAAACCAGGGCCUCUGCUGGAAAAAGACCCCAUGAAAACAGAUGAACAUAUUCCGGUACACCGUUACAGGCCCCCCGCCGAACCGCUUGAUUCGUCGAAGAGACCUGGUGAAGAUCCAUCUGGGAAGUUUUUGCUGGAGCUAGUCCCUGGCAAAGGUCCCUUGGCACUUCUGGCGGUCGCCCUGUUUGGUGAAGGCUCCUUUCUCGAUACACGUUUAAAGCCCACUGUGAAUAUAACCCGAUCUAGCGGGUUGGAGUGCGUUGAGUAUGGCCCAAUGGCGUUUAGCGCUAGCUUCGGCUGUUUAAACGAUAGUCCAAUGAAUGGCAACAUGCAUGUAUACUUUUUGCAAACGCUGGCCAAAAAAGAAAGCUUUGAUCAAGGGCUAAUGCUUGCGAACAUGGCCAUACUGUCCGAUAUGGAUAACUUAUGGAAGGGUAUUCCCGUCGAAAUUCAAUCGGUGGCGCCUAUUACCAAGCCCGCAAUAUCGAAGUUGUCUAUGAUCGUCUUUUCCUCCCUUUUAGGGACCUACCUCAUUCUACUACUGGCCCUCUCCUGCUGGGCUAGUGUUAGGAUUGGCUGGACGGACUCACUGGACGCCUAUGCGAUGCUAAAAAUGGGCAGCACGUUGGCGACAGAUCCAUUCUACUCUGAAGUUAUACGGAAAACCAACGAAAAGGUUCUUGAUAAGCUUCCUGGCUGGGUGGGGGAUCAAGACCCAGAGGAGACCAUGGGGAAGUUAGCCGUGGGAGGGCAGGCACCGGUCAGAUGGCGAAGAAGAUAUCGGAAGGGAAGUGAUAUGUUGUUGUAGAUGAGAUUCUCGUCUCGAGAUUACUAUGUAUAUUAAUGAUCAG